UAGAAGUUGAAAAAGGAAGAGGUUCAAUUAUAUAUACUAUGAGUAGACAGGAGGGCGAACACAAGGGAAUCAUGCAAUGAAGAGAGAAAGGAGAAAAAAAGAGCAGAGAAUCGAAAGGAAAGGAGGCCUGGGAAGAUGUCGAGAGUGUGGAAACCAGGAGAAGAAGAAAAGUAGACAUCCCAAGACCCUCCGUCUUCCUUUGCUCCCGCAAGUUGUAUCUAGGACGCCGCUUUGCCCAGAAGAUUUGGAAAGAAGAAAAAAGAAGUCUGUUUCCCCCAAGAAAAGGAAGAGAGAAACAUAUACGCGCAAAAAGGAAAACAACCAGAAGCAGGCCGCCCACUGUUUUUCUCCCAGCUAUAAAACAACCCAUCAAUUGUCGCCUUUCGAGAUUAGAUCGAUCCAGAGACUGCGAACCGACUUUUUUGUUUUUUGUGUGUGGUGUGUAGAUGCCGGCAGCCGUCAAAACAACACGGCUAGCAAAUUAAGACAGUUGACGUUUUGGAUUUCUCAGAUGCGAAAUGCGAUUGGCUGGAUACCGAAAAGAGAUCCGAGACAUGAGUUAAGACUGUUGAUUCUUAAACUCUGGCCAGAGGGGGAAUGAACGAGGAUAAAUGCAUCUUUUGGUUUGUCGGUAGUUCGAUCCGCUUAGAU